UCUGCGUCAAUCUCCGAGGACGAGCACAAAAACACUUUGCGAAGGAGAUACACUGGAUAUUUGUCCCCUUCUGGAGGAUUAUUCAUUUUUGAUAAAUACUUUUGUUUUUAAAAAGCCUGCAAAAAUGGAUGUAUACAUUUUGAUUUCCGUUUUGUCAAUGAUGCACUCCUGGACUUUCAGCGCAGUGCUAUCAGCUCCAGCUGCACAGACACCCUCCGCCUCCACCGACUCGCAGAAGCGCCAUGUGCGGACCAAACGCUGCUCCUGCGCCACCUUCAUGGACAACGAGUGUGUGUACUUCUGCCACCUGGACAUCAUCUGGGUCAACACUCCUGAGCGCGUGGUUUCAUACGGACUGGGCAACAACGGUCCCAGGAAGAGGCGCGCGGUCGCAGAAUCCAUAGCAACCAGCAGCGGACCCCUGCGCUGCAGGUGUGUCAAUCAAAACGACGACACGUGUAGAAACUUCUGCGGGCUGGAAAACCUCCUCAGGUCUGAAGCCUCCCUCACGGAGACUCUCCCCGGAGAGCGCGAUGUUUGUGUCGGGCCGCAGUGUGAGCCCCGGCUGGCGGCAGUCACCGGGCGGAUUAAAGGGAUGAGGAAAAGAAACAAUAAGAAAUGGGUGUCGCCUCUAGCCAUCAGGUCUGCCCUCAAAACACGUCUGCUGCUGGAGAAGUGGAGGGUGAGACAGCACCACAGGGGGAGAACCUGGGAGGGAGAGAGCAGGGCCUCCUAAACACCACAGACCCUCCUCCGCACCUUGUCCUACAGAGGGGGAAAAGGAUUCUCAAUUCUAAAGCCAGUGGAAGACAAUGAAGAGCCCAAAGAGGGUCGAAGACAGCUCUCUUCGUGGUGCCAGAGCAGAGAACUUUUCUCUACUCAGUGGCGCUUCGUCAGACAGAUGAACGAGGUCAGAGACAAUACAGGGAGUUCAAGAGAAAGAAGAGAAGCGGACGGAUAAAUCAAUGAUAUUCAUUGAUCGUGUUGCUGUCACGGUCACUCCUUCAAAACCUGAUCAAAUAGCAUUUCAACUGGAAGGAUCUAACAUGAAUCCCUCUGUUACACUGAGUCAGAAUCACUGCUGUGUAUGGACCAAAGCAGUCCUGCUCAUUAUACUCCACAAUGCCAUUAUACAGUUGCAAUAACAGGUUAUUACGCCUACAUAGAAGGGAUUAUGUGACUUGACAUUUUUUCACCGACUGAAACUAUUUAGUGCCUUUACGUAACAGGUCAUCUCCUGCCUGCCAGGUCUUUAGCUGUGAAGUGCAGUAGCUGCUGGGAGUCUUUCAUGCUCAUGUUAUCUAGGAUUUCUAUACAUGUCAUAAUUUAAAUAUUUUUCACGACAUAUAUGUUCUAUUUAUUUAUUAUUUUGUACACAUUUCAAUGUGAUUGCCAUGUUGGUACGUCACAUGUUCCGGUUUGUCAUUUCUGUGAAAUGUUUUGUCAUCGAGGUGC